GUGGAAGAUUGAGUGGGCUGGGCUGGACGGAGCCCGAGCGACGCUUCCCUUUUUCCAGUCUUGUUCUCAGCCGCCGGAGCUGAUCGGAUUUAUUACUGCUCUGCAAGGGGGAUCAGUAACAACUGGCCCCUCUGACUUCCUAGAGUUCGGCUCCAGACUAGUCGGGAGACAAUUUAGUCACCAUCCGGCGCUCUGAGAACGCGGUCCCAGGGAGUGUGGGUAAAAGGCACAGAUUCAGCGCAGCUUAGGGCAGCAGGAAAAGCAGGAGCCAACAAAAGUUGCUUAACAGUAUUACCUCCCAGGUUGUACCAUAAUUUUUUAAGUCAGUCGUCUCAUUUGGGUGGACAUUUAGAUUGUUUUCCGUAGUUUUGUUUUUAAGCAAUAUUUUCUAGAAGAUUAACUAUUUCCAUUCCCACCAGUUGUGUAAUUGGCAUCUAUACAUGUUCCUUUCCCCCAAAACAUGGUAGAGGUUAGUGGGGAACAAGGAGUAGAUAGGGGAGAUUUUGAGAAAUGUGAGAAUGCUGAAGAUGUUUGUAAGCCAAGAGGACAGAGCAGAGGAGUAGAGAAGAGAAGAUAUUCCAGUGUCCAGUCUCUGCAAGGCACCAAAUCAACCAUGGUGAUAAAACAUGUUGUUCCUGUCCUCACGAAUCAAGGUGGGCAGGAUUCCUGGGGCCUCACUGCUAAGCCCAAGUUCCAGCUCCAUGCCAGGACCCUCCAGCUCCAUGCUUGCCAGCACCUGAUCAAAUUCAUCUUGUUCAGUGCCCUCAAAGUCAUCAAUCACCUGUUGUUGGCUCUCAAAGGGAUGCAGUUCUGAGUGCCUGACUGCCUCGCCCGGAAGGAUGGCCUCGGAUGGGCAUUAGAGGCACAGCGGCCCCGGGCUCCUGUCCCGUCCGUCUGUCUGUUAUCGUCUGUCUCUCUUGACAUCACCGCAGCUCCACCCCCUCCUGUCCCAGCCCCCAACGCCAGCUUCCUGCAGGCCCAGAGCCGGCAUGAACUCUCCCAACGAGUCGGCAGAUGGGAUGUCAAGCCGGGAGCCAUCCUUGGAGAUCCUGCCUCGGACCCCUCUGCAUGGCAUCCCUGUGGCAGUGGAGGUGAAGCCUGUGCUGCCAGGAACCAUGCCCAGCUCCAUGGGGGGCGGGGGUGGAGGCAGUCCCAGCCCCGUGGAGCUGCGGGGUGCUCUGGCAGGCUCUGUGGACCCCGCGCUUAGGGAGCAGCAACUGCAGCAGGAGCUUCUGGCGCUCAAGCAGCAGCAGCAGCUGCAGAAGCAGCUCCUGUUUGCUGAGUUCCAGAAACAGCAUGACCACCUGACUCGGCAACAUGAGGUCCAGCUGCAGAAGCACCUCAAGGUGAGCGAGGGGGGUGCGGGGGGGCCACCCAGACCUCUGACCCCCGCCCGGACCUGGCUCACCCCGCUUCCCUCCCCCUGCACCCUGCAGCAGCAGCAGGAGAUGCUGGCAGCCAAGAGGCAGCAGGAGCUGGAGCAGCAGCGGCAGCGGGAGCAGCAGCGGCAGGAGGAGCUGGAGAAGCAGAGGCUGGAACAGCAGCUGCUCAUCCUGCGGAACAAGGAGAAGAGCAAAGAGAGUGCCAUCGCCAGCACUGAGGUGAAGCUGAGGCUCCAGGAAUUCCUCCUGUCGAAGUCAAAGGAGCCCACGCCCGGCGGCCUCAACCAUUCCCUCCCACAGCAUCCCAAAUGCUGGGGAGCCCACCAUGCUUCUUUGGACCAGAGUUCCCCUCCCCAGAGCGGCCCCCCUGGGACGCCUCCCUCCUAUAAACUGCCUUUGCUUGGGCCCUAUGACAGCCGAGAUGACUUCCCCCUCCGCAAAACAGCCUCUGAGCCCAACUUGAAAGUGCGUUCGAGGCUAAAGCAGAAGGUGGCGGAGCGAAGAAGCAGUCCCCUUCUGCGUCGGAAGGAUGGGACUGUCAUUAGCACCUUCAAGAAGAGAGCUGUUGAGAUCACAGGCGCUGGCCCUGGGGUGUCAUCUGUGUGUAACAGCGCACCUGGUUCCGGCCCCAGCUCCCCCAACAGCUCUCACAGCACCAUUGCUGAGAAUGGCUUUACUGGCUCAGUCCCCAACAUCCCAACCGAGAUGCUCCCCCAGCACCGGGCCCUCCCUCUGGACAGCUCCCCCAACCAGUUCAGCCUCUACACGUCUCCCUCUCUGCCCAACAUCUCCCUAGGGCUGCAGGCCACGGUCACUGUCACCAACUCGCACCUCACCGCCUCCCCGAAGCUGUCGACGCAGCAGGAGGCCGAGAGGCAGGCCCUCCAGUCCCUGCGGCAGGGUGGCGCACUGACGGGCAAGUUCAUGAGCACGUCUUCCAUCCCUGGCUGCCUGCUAGGCGUGGCACUGGAGGGUGACACCAGCCCCCAUGGGCACGCCUCCCUGCUGCAGCACGUGCUGCUGCUGGAGCAGGCCCGGCAGCAGAGCACCCUCAUUGCAGUGCCGCUCCAUGGCCAGUCCCCACUGGUGACCGGUGAACGCCUGGCCACCAGCAUGCGGACGGUGGGCAAGCUCCCGCGGCACCGGCCCCUGAGCCGCACUCAGUCCUCGCCACUACCCCAGAGCCCCCAGGCCCUGCAGCAGCUGGUUAUGCAGCAGCAGCACCAGCAGUUCCUGGAGAAGCAGAAGCAGCAGCAGCUGCAGCUGGGCAAGAUCCUCACUAAGACAGGGGAGCUGUCUCGGCAGCCUACCACCCACCCGGAGGAGACAGAGGAGGAGCUCACUGAGCAACAAGAGGCCUUACUGGGGGAGGGAGCUUUGACCAUACCCCGAGAAGGCUCCACAGAGAGUGAGAGCACACAGGAAGAUCUGGAAGAGGAGGAGGAGGAGGAGGAGGAGGAGGAAGAGGAGGAGGACUGCAUCCAGGUCAAGGACGAGGAGGGCGAGAGUGGCACUGAGGAGGGGCCUGACUUGGAGGAUUCCAGCUCUGCUUACAAAAAGGUAUUCUCAGAAGCCCAGCAGCUGCAGCCUCUGCAAGUGUACCAGGCUCCACUUAGCCUGGCCACCGUGCCCCACCAGGCUCUGGGCCGUACCCAGUCCUCACCUGCUGCCCCUGGGGGCAUGAAGAGCCCCCCAGACCAGCCCACCAAACACCUCUUCACCACAGGUGUGGUCUACGACACAUUCAUGCUGAAGCAUCAGUGCAUGUGUGGGAACACGCAUGUGCACCCCGAGCAUGCUGGUCGGAUCCAGAGCAUCUGGUCCCGGCUGCAGGAGACGGGUCUGCUUAGCAAGUGUGAGCGGAUCCGGGGUCGCAAAGCCACACUGGACGAGAUCCAGACUGUUCACUCCGAGUACCACACCCUGCUUUACGGGACCAGCCCCCUCAACCGACAGAAGCUGGACAGCAAGAAGCUGCUUGGCCCCAUUAGCCAGAAGAUGUACGCCAUGCUGCCUUGUGGGGGCAUAGGGGUGGACAGUGACACUGUGUGGAACGAGAUGCACUCCUCCAGUGCCGUGCGCAUGGCAGUGGGCUGCCUGGUGGAGCUGGCCUUCAAGGUGGCAGCGGGGGAGCUCAAGAAUGGAUUUGCCAUCAUCCGACCCCCAGGACACCAUGCUGAGGAAUCCACAGCCAUGGGAUUCUGCUUCUUUAACUCUGUAGCCAUCACAACCAAACUCCUGCAGCAGAAGCUGAACGUGGGGAAGGUUCUCAUCGUGGACUGGGACAUUCACCAUGGCAAUGGCACCCAGCAGGCCUUCUACCACGACCCCUCUGUGCUCUAUAUCUCCCUGCAUCGCUAUGACAACGGGAACUUCUUUCCAGGCUCUGGGGCUCCGGAAGAGGUUGGCGGAGGGCCGGGCAUGGGGUACAAUGUGAACGUGGCAUGGACGGGAGGUGUGGACCCCCCCAUCGGAGACGUGGAAUACCUAACGGCCUUCAGGACAGUGGUGAUGCCCAUUGCCCACGAGUUCUCACCUGAUGUGGUCCUAGUCUCCGCCGGGUUUGAUGCUGUUGAGGGACACCUGUCUCCGCUGGGUGGCUACUCUGUCACCGCUAGAUGUUUUGGCCACUUGACCAGGCAGCUGAUGACGCUGGCAGGGGGCCGGGUGGUGCUGGCCCUGGAGGGAGGCCAUGACUUGACCGCCAUCUGUGAUGCCUCUGAGGCCUGUGUAUCAGCUCUGCUCAGCGUGGAGCUGCAGCCCUUGGAUGAGGCAGUCUUGCAGCAAAAGCCCAACGUGAAUGCAGUGGCCACGCUAGAGAAAGUCAUCGAGAUCCAGAGCAAACACUGGAGCUGUGUGCAGAGGUUUGCUGCUGGUUUAGGCCGUUCUCUGCGGGAGGCCCAGGCAGGUGAGACGGAGGAGGCCGAGACUGUGAGCGCCAUGGCCUUGCUCUCGGUGGGGGCCGAGCAGGCCCAAGCUGCUGCAGCCCGGGAGCACAGCCCCAGGCCAGCAGAGGAGCCCAUGGAGCAGGAGCCUGCCCUGUGACACCCUGGCCCCCAUCCCUCUGGGCUUCAUCAUUGUGAUUUUGUUUAUUUUUUCUAUUAAAAACAAAAAGUCACACAUUCAACAACGUGUGCUGUGUGGGUCUCUCAGCCUCGCCCCUCCUGCUCCUUUAAGCUGCCUCAGGCCCCCCUUUCCGUGGCCCACAUCUCAGCUAUAGAACUUUGCUCUCUCUGUAGGGUGUAGGGGGUCCCCUUCCCCUCCCCCAUGUUGAGCCCCACACCCACUACCCGCAUCCUGUCCUUUUCCCCCUUGGAGCCUAGGCUAGCUGAGGGUAAGCACGGGGGCCUAGGUUGUACCUUCUGGUUCUUGGGUCUCUGUGAGAACAGUGUUUGGUGCCUUGGCUUCAGCCGACUUGGGGGGCAUUGCCUUAAUUUCACCCUCCUCCCCACUCCAGCCUUAGGGAGGAUCCCAAGGGCCCCUCUACAGUAGAUGUAGAGUGGUGGGGAGGUGAGCUCCCACCCUGCAGUUCUCUGCCCUUGGCUCCCUCAGUUGUUCUCUCCAUCUCUGCAGGCCCCUUCCCGCUCUUUCCUCCUGGCCCCAGCGCUGAGGGGGACUCUUGUGCCCUAGGACGUGGGCCUGAGGUCUGUGGGCAGGGCUCUCUUGCCGCAUACUCCUCAGGGUCUGUCUCCCCUUCCCAGGGCUGGAGAAUGAAGUCUGUGGGGAAGGCCUCGGAGGAGCUGCAGAACCAGGCCUGCUCUCCACCGUACUCUGUUGGCUUCCCUGCCCCUCUGCUCGCAGGCGUUGGGGAGGGGGAGAAGGUGGUCCCUGCAGGGGGGCUCCAGGCUGGUGAGAGCCCCCCUGCUGCUCAGGACCAGAUUUCCCCAGCCAUCCAGCAUGCUGCAAGUAGAUGGGGCAGUAGCCCACCUCCCUCCUGAGGCCUUUUGCUUUGAAGCCUGGGGAUAGUGAGGGGUCCAGUUCUACAGGGGCAGGGUCAAACCCAGGAACUCAGGAGUCUGCCCUCAGCUAGAGCUUCCCUUCCUCCUGGGCUCCCUUUGCUGGCCAGCAGCCCAAGGGAACUAAGACCAGGAGGGGGCUGGGCACUGCCCUUUCUCUGUCCUAGGAGCCCCACUGAGCCCCGAUUCCAGGGCUGGGGCCCACUAGGCUUCUAAGGAAAUGCUGUCCAGCCUGUAGGAAACCAAAGAUGGGAAGCGGCUCCUAAGGGCUGAGUCUUCCUCCUCCUUCCCAGCACUACACACACUUCCUUUCUUCCAUCCCCAGGGCCCCACCAAUCUGUUUACAUAUUUAUUAUCCUAACGGGGGCCUGAGCAGGGUUGAGGGAGCCAGGGGAGGGGCAGGAGUCCCACCACCAUCGGUUCAUUGUGCGCUUGUGUCUUGUGUGUUGUAUGUUCUAGAUUCUCCUGGGGGAUAGGGAUGGGGCCCAGUGUACCAGGCCUCCCCAUGCUGAGCCCCAGCUCCAGGCCCCUUGCCCUCCCUCUCCCCAUGGCUGGUCUGGAUCUCAUGUAAACCCACUCCUUGCUUUGUUCCCCUGGAUAUGGAUUUCAGUUAAGUAUUUUGUAACCUGUUACACUGUGUGUCCUUGUGUAAAUAAACUUGUUUCUGGCAGUG